UACCCCUUAGAAGUGGUGGGGUUGGACUUUUUGUCCUUAGGUCGGCCCACAGACACCUACCAGAACAUUCUUGUUGCUACUGAUCUGUUUACCCGUUUUUCUUGGGCUAUUCCCACUCGAGAUCAAACAGCUCAGACUACAGUAAAGGCCCUGUGGACCCAUGUGAUCCAACCAUUUGGUUGCCCCGCCCGUUUCCAUUCUGACCAGGGACCUAAUUUCGAAUCUGCACUUAUGAAACAAUUUUGUGAUACCUAUGGUAUAACUAAAAGCCGCACAACUCCCUACCAUCCCGCAGGAAAUGGCAGUGCAGAGCGUUUUAAUCAGACCUUGUUAAAUAUGCUCCGCUCUUUAGAGACGUCUAAGCAAUCUCACUGGCCCGACUAUCUGCCCGAACUGACACACGCCUAUAAUAACACCACACACAGUGCGACUGGGUAUACCCCUUCCUUCCUCAUGUUUGGGCGACACCUGCGACUUCCUGUUGAUGUAGGAUUAGGUGUAGGUCCCCAACAGAUGAGGCACGAUGUAGGUGGGUGGGUACAAGACCACCAGCAGAAACUGUCCUUAGCUUAUAGCCUGGCUAAACAAAGAAUAGAGAGUGCAGCCACCCAGAACAAGCAGCACUAUGACAAGAGGGCCAAAGCGUUACCACUUUUACCGGGGGAAAGGGUGUGGGUGCGAGAUAGGAACAGACGAGGGGCAGGAAAGUUGUGUACUUGGUGGGACCCAGAGCCAUGGGUGGUGUUGGAGCAGGUGGGGGAUACAGGGGUUGUGUACAAGAUUCAGCCAGAGAAGGGUGGCAGAAUACAAAAUAUCCAUAGGAACUCACUUAAGGUGUGUACAGUACCCCCAACCGAAGUCCCGCUACCAACCACUGAGCCGGUUGUCCAGAUGCAGGGACCCAUCCAGCCCAUGAUCUACGGGUUCCUUCCAGCACCGGUAGCCAUACCGCCUGUGAAUGUGGAACCUGAGGGUGCCCUACGAUGCUCCACCAGGGUAAACUUUGGACAAACUCCAGUCCGUUAUAGAGACUCAUAACAUGUUGCAGGGACUGCUAACUUUAAAGUGUGGGGAGAUGUCACGGGGGGAAGUUUGAUUUUAUUUAAGCAUGCUUUUACUUUGAAUUUGCUGUGUUUUUGUCUUAUUUAUUAUUGCAUGCUUUUAUUUUGAAGUGUGUUUGUGUUACGUUGGUUUUACUUCCCCACCGGAGACAUACCUUAAUCAAGCAUAAGGACUUACACCUGGCACCCAGAGAGGGGAGUGACUGUUCUUGGAUAAAAAGGACACUGGAAGAUACCCGGGGGCACGAGGGAGGACACAGAGGGCACGAGGGAGGACACGGAGGUCACAACGGGCCGGACAGCAGGAAGCAGACAGAGAGACAGAGCAGAUCAUCGCACUGGAAGAGGUCUGAAGAGACACCGGAGCAAACACCGA